AGAACGACCCAUCACUAACACACACACACACAUCCACUUCCGGACACGACUGUGCCAAUCCAACCCUCUGUCCUGAGUUUUAUCAUGCAGCAUGCGCAGAUGUACCAGUAUUCACAACGCUAAAGGACUAAACAGCGCGACUCUCGCAAAACUUAAUUCAACUUUAGUAACGGGAGAGACUCGUUCAGCGCUCUCACAGGAAGUUUUCACACUCUCUAGCCGGUUUGAGUGACAAAGGCGAUCCCGUGGGAAAAUCACGCGCCUUCACAAAAUGGAUAAAGGAACGGGACUCCGUCCUGUGAUUUUGAUUAUUGCUCUUGUGUCGUUCUGUGAGGCCCGUGUGGUGAAGGUUCCGGUCGGUCCUCUAGUCCAUGUAGAGGGGCAAGCUGUCUCCAUUCGCUGUGAUGUGUCUGACUACGAGGGACCCCGAGAUCAGGAUUUUGAGUGGUCUUUGAUCCUUGCCGGAGAUAAAUUGCUCCCGCUCGUCUCCACCUUUGACAGUAGUUUUGUGGACUCUUCAAUGAGGGACCGGGUUAACAGUGGUGACAUCAGUUAUAAGAAGCUGGAAGAUGCUGCUGUUGAACUCAAAUUCAAGAAGGUCAGAGCAACAGACAGUGGCGUGUAUCGCUGCAGUACCCCGAGCACUGAUUCGGUCAUCAGCGGGAACUACUACGCCGAUCUGGAGCUCAAAGUGAUCGGGGACAGUCUGAAGGUGGCUCCAGCCAUUCCCAAGUCAGCGGUGUCUGAGGGAGAAUCAGUGGAACUCCAGUGCAGCACGACACGGGGCUUCACGGCGCACACCUUCCUCUCCGUUACUUGGUCCAUCAGGAAAGGGAGCAGCCCAGUGGAGGAAAUCUUUACAUUUGGGCCAGAUGAUAAGAUCAAAGUGGGACGUAACUACACUCAGCGUUACACAGAUAGUGGACUUCAGUUGGACCUUCGUGGAGGUGGUUUUUAUGGACUGGUCCUGAAAAGAGCAAAGCCAUCAGACCAAGGGGAGUAUGUGUGUACGGCCCAGGAGUGGGUGAGACAGGGUGAAGAAGGAAAAAACUGGCGUAAGAUUCUGGAGAAGUCUGAGGAAAUGGGAAAGGUGGUUGUUACACCCACAGAUCUGCAGUUCAAGGUGACCCUUACACCCUUUCUGAACCCUCAGUCCACAAGCGAGCCCACUGAACUGCGCUGUGAGGUGGUCGACCUCCUCCACCUCCAAGACGGCCGCCUGGGCGUGACCUGGUCUUACUCUACAAACACGCCUGGAGAUGUAUCUCAGAAGAAAAUCACUAUAGCCUCCCUGAAUGAACAAGGAGCGCUGAUUGCAGACAGUCAGUACCAGCAGAGGUUGGACAGUGGGGACAUAGCAGCGACCAGGAGAGAGUCUAACAUCUUCAUUCUGCGAAUGCUUCAGACUCGAGACGCAGACAUGGGCUCUUAUUCCUGUGUGGUAACUGCAUGGAAGCCCACUCAGCGAAGUGGAUGGGAAAAAGUGAAGGAGGUCCAGUCAGCGCCUGUCACUAUUCAGUGGACACCAAAAAUUCCAGUUUUGCAAGUAGUAGCCCAUCGUGUGAGAGAAGCCUCGACUGGUGGAUCCACAUUUGAGAUGAGCUGUCGGGUGACUGGUCAGAACCUGAAGAAUCCCGGCUACUCAGUGCUCAUCCGCUUUGAGGAGAUCUUGGGAGGAAAGUCCCGCAAAGUGUUGUCACUUAGCCAGGACUCAGUUUUGCAGCUGGAGGAGUGGAGCGAGCCGAGCCGCAUUGACAGCGUGGUUCUGGAGAAGACCGGGCAGCUCGAGUACCGCUUCCGUUUGUAUGGGGCCCAGGUCACAGAUCGUGGGUUCUACUAUUGUGACGUCACGGCCUGGACACGAGAUCAGAGCCAAGACUGGAUCAAAGCCGUCAGUGCGGAGUCCAACAAGAUUGAGAUCGCUUUUGUACACACAGGCCCAGUAUUCAACAUAUCCAUUCAUUCAGAAGCAAACAAUGUGUUACCGGGGGACACAGUCCAAAUGAAGUGCAUCAUAUCCAUCCUGGAAGCUUCUCCAAACACUGGUGAUAUGGCAUUUGAUGUACGCUGGUUCCAGAACACAAACCGGGCUGUUGAUAAUGGAGUCCAACCUCUCAUCAGUAUGGACCGCUGGGGAGUGGUAAAGAAGACUGGCUCCAAUGACACCAGUCUGGAGCGCACCGACCGACACACGUUCAUCCUGAGCUUACACAAGAUUCAGGAUAGAGAUGUGGGAGAAUACUACUGUACCGCCACACCCUGGCUCCUGUCCCCUGCUACUGGUGCCUGGAACAAGGAGAAGGACCUCACCUCUGCUUCAUCAUUUCUAUCUGUCAAAAUAGAAUUGUGGGAAUCAUUGAAGAUGCCAGUGGGAUACGGUUUGACUGCUGCUGUGAUCGCUGGUCUUCUCUCAGUGCUGCUGGGUCUUGCUGUCGCCCACUGCUGUUUCUCCAGGAACCCCAUGCACACUCCCCGUCCCCGUAACAAGCUUAUGGACCUGGAGAUGGAUUAAACCAGUCCCCCUUUGCACUGCUGUGAUCCUGCCCAAAACCACUUCAACCGACUUGAUGUAUUAUGCUUUGGGACAGAAUGUGGAUAUGCAUAUUGCUUAAUAAGAGAUGGAGAACUUGUUUAUAUGCACUCCAAGGAUUGAGCCACUCCAAUUGACGGCUCUAUAUUCCCACUUGGGAGCAAUACACUUAUUAUUCUCAGGAAUAGAGCACUGACGGCCCCAUCCAAUGUUUUUUUUUUUGUUUUGUUUUUCCUGACUGCUGAUAGGAUGAGAGCACCAGGAAUGAAAUAUUUUGUUUGGUACAAACUUGGGGCUGCCCAAUGGCCAAACCAGCAAUGUUACAGUUUGUACAGUUGAUGAUUAUUUUAUAGCAUUUAAUAGGAAGGACUCUAAUGAAAGAGCCAAGAACUUGUCAGUUGUAAGUGUGGCAGAUACUCCAAUUUUAGAUUGACCUUUUAAACCGCUGCAGUCCCCAAGGCUUUGUUUGUCACAUCGUCUGCGGACGUCCGCUGUGCCCCCCGCCCCGACUGCCUGUCAGAGUUAUGCCGCCAACAGUAGGGAACCUAAAAUGACUGACCUUUCCGCUCUGCGGUAAAGCGUAGUGUUUAUCCACAGGCUAAAGGAAAUAUGGCUGAUGGAUGGGUGCUUCAAGGCUGCGCCACGCCAUUCUGGGAUCGAGAAGUGACCACUCGAGGGAACAGACCAAACAGGCUGUCAAUCUGUGGCUUGGCUUUGAGCGGCCUGCCUUUAAAGAUCGCUUGUCAGGCAUUUCAAAAGCCCUGAUAUCCACACUGUUGGCAUUAACUCAUUCCUCACUCUCUUUCCUGCCCACAAACAACGAGAAAUGCCAAUAUGCCAUCUCAGUUUCCCGAACUUGCAUUUUUCUUUUUGCCAGAAUGCACUCAUUAUACUGACACAACUGACCCGCACUGACAUGAUUGUAGUAGAUCCUUUUGUACAAAUGCUCUCUUAAUCCACAAUGUGUUCAGAUAAGUAUUUUCUGAGAAGGGAAGCUGUUGGUACGAGCGAGAGGCUGUUUUACUGUAUCUCAGAGUGAGAGAACUAUUCAGAGCCACAUUUAUAGACAAAUGUCAAAAGGAAUUUCACCAAGAUGUUUUACUUUAGUUCAUUUAUUGAUAUUAUUGAAUGUUUUUUUUUUUCAUUUUUAAGAAUUGUUCUUUUUUAUUUUUAGUUGUGUGAAAUUUUAUGUGCAUUUACCAUCUCUCGCAAUAAGUAUUUCUGUUUUGUUAUUCAAUGACUCAUUUUAAUUCUCAAUUGCAAACCAACAAAAAAUAUUUCUCAGUAAUAAUAAAAAAAAGUAUAACUGUGUUGAUUUGA